AUGGUUUUGCCUGCGUCCACAAUGAUCUUUUAUGACAUCGCCCUCGCACCACCAGUGCUAGACAACGCCAGCUCGCCCAACCCAUGGAAGUCCAGAUAUGCCCUGAACUUCAAAAAAACGCCCUAUAAGACGACCUGGGUCCCCUUUCUCGAUAUCAGCAGCGUCAGAGGCGCUCUCAACAUCCCUGCCUCACGCACAUUCAUUGAUGGAUCUCCCUAUCACACUCUCCCUAUGCUCUCUGACCCGGCCACUGGUCGAAUAGUCGGUGACUCCUUUGAGAUCGCAGUAUACCUACAGGCACAGUACCCGUCGUCGGGAGGAGACUUGUUCCCAAAACAGGAUCUAAAGUUUGUCUAUGGACAAAACCCGGUGCUGUUUGCGCCCAUCUCAGAGGCAAAGGUGGACGAAUCCGUCCAGGAAUAUGUCAAGUUUAAUACCAACGUCGACGCUGUCUUUACUGCGCAUGUGCCGCUGAUGGUACAUACGAUACCAUUUGACCCUGCCACUGAGGACCAGAUCAGGGCAGAGUUCGCGAGGAGGGCAGGCAGGCCGUGGGAGGAGUUGGGCGUUGAGGGGGAGCAGAGGGACGAGAUGCUUAGGUCCUACGAGCAGGCCCUGGCUGGACUGGCAGAGAUGUAUAGGAGAGACACCACCGGGCCGUUCCUGAUGGGUGACAGGCCGUCCUAUGCGGAUUUUAUUAUCGGAGGCUGGCUGCAAAUGAGUCGAGUGAUGCUACUAAGCGAAGAAUGGGAGGCCUUGAAGGGCUGGCAUGGUGGGAUCUUUGGAAAGCUGCACCAGGCACUGGAUGUAUAUGCGCAGAUGGAUUAG